UCACUAACUAGCCAGUUCCCUCCAGCGGCAGCGAGCUUCAUUUUCUGAUCUGCUUUUGUGCUAAAAUGGAGGCUGGCCUCUCGCCCUGAGUCGGUCGCCUUCCUGGUCGAGGUUUAGAUGUUGACAUGCAAUAAGUCCGGAGACAGGAUGGUCGUGGAUGCGCCUAAUUCCAACGGGCCCUUUCCGCCGCUGGCUCUAAUGCACUUCAGAGAUGUGGCCCCCGCGGAGCAGGAGAAGCUCUUCAUCCAGAAGCUACGGCAGUGCUGCGUUCUUUUCGACUUCCUGUCCGACCCGCUGAGCGACCUAAAAUGGAAGGAAGUGAAGCGGGCGGCGCUGAGCGAGAUGGUGGAGUACAUCACCCACAACAGGAAUGUCAUCACAGAGCCCAUCUACCCGGAGGUGGUGCACAUGUUUGCAGUCAACAUGUUCAGAACAUUGCCUCCAUCUUCCAACCCGACUGGAGCGGAGUUUGAUCCAGAAGAGGACGAGCCCACACUUGAAGCGGCGUGGCCACACCUUCAGCUCGUCUAUGAAUUUUUCCUUAGGUUUUUAGAAUCGCCUGACUUUCAGCCGAACACAGCGAAGAAAUACAUCGACCAGAAAUUUGUUAUGCAGCUCCUAGAUCUAUUUGACAGCGAGGAUCCCAGAGAGAGAGACUUCCUCAAAACAACCCUCCACAGGAUCUACGGAAAGUUCCUGGGGCUGAGGGCGUACAUCCGAAAACAGAUCAAUAAUAUUUUCUAUAGGUUUAUCUACGAGACGGAGCACCACAAUGGUAUAGCUGAACUACUGGAAAUACUUGGAAGCAUAAUCAAUGGAUUUGCCUUACCACUAAAAGAAGAGCACAAAAUUUUCCUGCUGAAGGUUUUAUUGCCUCUGCACAAAGUCAAAUCACUUAGUGUCUACCAUCCACAGCUGGCUUACUGUGUGGUGCAGUUUUUGGAGAAGGACAGCACUCUAACUGAGCCGGUGGUAAUGGCUCUACUAAAGUACUGGCCAAAGACUCACAGUCCCAAGGAAGUGAUGUUCCUCAAUGAGCUGGAGGAGAUCCUGGACGUCAUCGAGCCAUCCGAGUUUGUCAAGGUGCAGGAGCCUCUGUUCAGACAGCUGGCCAAGUGCGUGUCCAGUCCGCACUUUCAGGUGGCAGAGAGAGCUCUGUACUACUGGAACAACGAGUACAUCAUGAGUCUGAUCAGUGACAACGCAGCAAAGAUUCUGCCCAUCAUGUUCCCCGCUCUGUACCGCAACUCGAAAACCCACUGGAACAAAACCAUCCACGGCCUCAUCUACAACGCUCUGAAGCUCUUCAUGGAGAUGAAUCAGAAGCUCUUUGAUGAUUGCACGCAGCAGUUCAGGGCUGAGAAAAACAAAGAGAAGGCAAAGUCAAAAGAACGCGAAGAGGCCUGGAUCAAAAUUGAGAAUCUCGCCAAGUCGAGUCCACAGUUCUCUAUGUAUGUUGAUUCCUCUGACCUCAAUAGUCCUGUAGCAAUGGAGACGGAUGUCCCUUUGAUAGAAGAUGUUCAGAGGUUAAAAAAGACAGUUGAGGAGGGCGCAACUCAGUUGCAGCAUGAGCAGCGGAAAGAGCGACCCAUGGUGCGACGUAAAUCUGAGUUGCCUCAGGAUCUCUACACCACAAAAGCCUUGGAGACCCACCGCAGAGCUGAAGACAUGUUGACCGCCCACGACGGACUCUAGGUCCCGCCAGCUCCUGGUUCGACUGCCCCUUCUCCCCCCAACAGCCAUGGACCUCCACUCGUCCCAGGCUCCAGAGUUACCCUGGCGACCCGUGCUGGGUUCUCACCCCUCUUCCCCACCAUCAGUUCCCCCAGAAUCCUUUAGUUCUCCUUCAUUCCUGCUGCCCCGGUGCAGAAGCUCUGUUCGCCUCCCUCAGAUUUCUGCUUUCUCAGGUUUUUUUUUCUUUUAGGAGAGGAGUGUGAGCGUGUCUGUGUCUCUCCUUAGCCCCUUCGCCACAUUCAGUGUGUUCUCCUGUCGUUUUCCCUCCGGUUCCUCUCACCUGGUUCCUUCAUUCCUUCUCGCAAAACAAAGGAUUGGACGUGGUUACGUGAUAAGUGAUUGACUCACUGUCUAAGGAUCGUCCUUUGGUCUCUGCUUGGUUUUUCUUUUCUGUCAAAGGGAACAAAAACAGAACCCGUUGUUCAAAUCAAAGACAAGACUUUCCGGCCAUCUGUUGUUCUUUUGUUUUUUUUGCUCAAUCUGAUGGACAUCUCAUCCGUGCCAAGAUGGUUGUGUUCUUUGUUUUGUUUCAUGUUUUUAUCUGUGACUCUGACAGGGACACUUGCCUUUGUUUCUAGUCACUGGUGUUUGAAAGUUGUUGUUUUUUUUUAGUUUAGCACACUUUUAAGACCAAACUGAGGCCUGUCCUUAGCCUUGCAACGUCCAGGAAAGAUGACUUAAAAAAAAAAGGGGGGAAGUUGUCCCGUGGACACCUGACACUUUCCAUUUUUAUUGUUUUGUGCCAUACGCCGCUCUUUUAUAUGCUUGCUUCCUUACGUUCACCGGCAAUGUUUGAAAACCAGAUCAUAGUGAUGCCUAAACGGUUCAAACAAUGGUACUUGCUGUGCUUCAGUUGAGCAGAAGAGGACGAACCAGGAAUGAAAGCUACAUGCUACAUUUGCUACCUAAAGUUUCAGUUGUAAUAUACUAGUGUUUAUGCACAUGCACCCACUGGCUCCAUGCUGAGUAGAAAGACUGGGAGCGUGGCUGUGUUCAAGGUGAGUGUUGGGUUUUAAAUGAAUACAUGUAUCCUGUAAAAUGAACAGUUGAUUUAUCUGUGUAAAGGAAAUAUAAGCAGAUCAUUAUUAUAAUUUUUUCUUCGUUGUUUGGUGGGAGAGGUGCACAGAUCUGUACUGUCGUAACAACUUUCACUCUGGUUUUAAGAAGCUGUUACUAGGCGAGAACCUCUGCUCAUUAGGUUUCCUUUUAAACGAGCAUGAAGGCAUAUUAGUAUUGUAUGGUAUCAAGAUUUUAAAAUCCUUAUUAAUAUUAAAAAAAUAAUUUAUUAUCAAACAUAAAAGCUGGUAACCUCUUUAGAUAUUAACACACUGACAUCUGAUGAUUAAUUAAAGGAAUAUUUGAUGGGAAAGAAAAGGCUUCCAUAAAUUUAAAGGCGUGGCAUGUUUGUGUUGCUACCAUUCCCUGAAUUCAGUGGCCUGGCUUUAUGGGUUGUGUAUGUCGGACACUUCUUGGUGAGGAUGUCGUUUAAAGGUUGGAAAGUAUCUUCCAGUCAGUACCAUUGUUUAAACUGAGGAGGUCUGCUCGAUUUCUUCAUGUUUGACUUGCUGUAUUUCUUUGUCUCGUCUCUGGAGGUUAGUAGCGUGGAUGUCAGGUGUUGGAUUCCCCCCCCCCCCCCCCCCGGCCAUUCAGAACGCCUGACGCUGAAAACAGACUGGCAUCAAAUGGCCACAAAAAGAUGCCAGAUGCUGAAAAUAAACUGACAUUGUGACUUGGCUUGUUAACUAUAUUAAUACUGUAUUUGCUUGAACGCAAAAAGAUGUAAAUUAAAAACUACCAUGUUAAACAUGUACCUUUUACCCUGGAGGAAUGCCAUUCACCAAACUAAUUUCUGUUGUCAGGGUCAUUGCGUUUUAUGGAACAGUCCUGCUUGCUGGGAGGAGAGAUGUUUUAUGGAUUUUAUGAGUUUGAGAUGGUUAGAGGUUUAUUUUAGUGCUGAAAACAAGUCGUCCAACGUUAACGAGAGGGGAUUUUAAAAAUUAUUCGGUGGCUUGUUCUCUCUGCAGGAUCUUUGCAGAUCUUUUAAUUUGAACACAUUAUUUCCGAAACUUAAUAACUUAAGUGUCCUUUUGUAUGUGACCUGUACAAUAUGAUACAUUUAAUAUUGUAUAUAUGAUUUACCUUGUUUCAUGUAGUGAGAUAUAUAUAUAUAUAUCUAGAUUAAUUUUGUACAAAUUGUCCCACUGUACAGAAUAAAACAUCCAUAGCAAGUUAAAGAAGUCAAUCUGGCACAUACCGUCUUAAUUCUCCGGUUUUGGCUGUACCUUCAGUGACGCAAGAGUUUAGAAAAUGUUCUUAUUUUUCUCAUGAAAAUCUGCAAAGUUUCCUCCAUCCUCUUAAAUAACUGACAACUGUUCAAGCCCGUUGUGUGCUCCUAUCACUGUCUUUAGUGUUGUACAACUAUGUAGAAUGAAUAAAGAGAUUAUUUGAAUAUA